AUGGUAACUAGAUCGCAAGGUGUAGCUACCUAUCUGGACGAUAUCUUGGUGAGUGGCAGAAACGAACAAGAGCAUAGGGAGAAUCUGCUCGCACUAUUUGGAAAAAUAGCCGACUAUGGAUUCAAGGUACUCCUGGACAAGUGUACAUUCUCCAGAAAUAUGUAUCUCGGUUUCAUUAUUGACAAGAAUGGGAGAAGACCCAAUCCAGAGAAGAUCGAAGCUAUAGCUACCGAGAACAUGGACGAACCGAAGAAUAUUGCGCAACUAAGAUCUUUUCUGGGAAUAAUUACGUACUACCCUAUAUUUGUGACACCUAUGAGGAAUCUCCGUGGACCGUUAGAUGCGUUUCUCAAAAAGGACGUGAAGUGGAGAUGGAGCUUCAAAGAACAUACCAUUUGAAAAAUUGAAGGAGGCAUUGUCAGGCGACGCCAACCUUGCUCACUACGACCACCAGCAGAAGAUUCUUGUGGCAGCUGACGCUUGUGAUUAUGGUAUUGGACGAAGAUAUAUCAUUUCGCAUAGAUACGAAGACGGUUUAGAGAAACCUAUUGCACGUGCUUCAAGGUUAUUGUCAGCUGCUGAGAAGAAGUACUCGCAGAUUGAGAAGGAGGCUCUUGGACUUGUUUUUGCCGUCAAGAAGUUUCACAAGUACUUAUUUGGAAGAAAGUUCUUAGCAACCAUGUUCGACUAUCAUUUAAUCUUGGCAUAGUGUAGAUGUAACUUUGGAGGUCUCUAUGAAGGCACGACCAGGAUGAUACAAAGUUUAUUCGGCUAACGCGUCGGCCAAUCGCCUUCGUCAGAGCCUUAGAUGUCACAAGAAGACCGUUUAACGGUUUAACGGCUUCUUGUGACAUCUAAGGCUCUGACGAAGGCGAUUGGCCGAAACGUUAGCCGAAUGAACUUUGUUUCACCUUGGUCGUAGCUUCAGAGAGACCUCCAAAAUAAGUUCUUACCUUUAACAGAUCAUAAACCCAUCAUAACCCCUUGUUAGCUACUUUUGGAGACAAGAAAGGAGUUCCGGUAUACUCCGCAAAUCGGCUUAUGUGGAGAAUGAUGUCUCUAGAUUGCAUCAGAAGACUACCACUGACCCAUGAAGAUGUGAGGGAUAGUACCGCAAGAGACUUCUUACUCAGGAAUUUUAUGUGA